AUGGAUCCAGCACUCUUGAAGCAACAAGCCGCAUUCAAGCAGCGUGCCGCUCGAGCCGUCGAAUUGGCCAGUCGUAAACACGAAUCCCCGUCCACCUCGCUGAGUUCACAUACCACUUAUGAUGCCGAAGCAAGCCGUAAGAAGAAGAAACGACAACAAGCAGACCCGCAACUCGCUGCAAAAUCCCUAAGCGAAUUCAACUACAAGGCAGCGCAAUCGUCAGCGAACGCCGCCAACUUCGGUACAAUGGCAAAGAUCGUUGAUUAUAUGAAG